AUCUUACAAUCCUUGCAUAAAUGUGCAUAUGUGGACGUGUGCAGCCCAGCCCCUCAUAGCGUCUGCUAUGUAGCUUUGUGGUAGGCAGUCGAAGUGCCAUAGACAUAUUAUAUUAUUUUAGCUAAUUGUAGUGCCGGUGUACAAUUGAAAGGCAUAUUUCGUCAGUAUGGGCGGGUCUGUAGCGGAAUACUACAAUAAUAUCAUAGAUAGAUACAAUCCCGCUGUUCGCAUUCCAACAGUGGACAUUUAAAGUGUUUGAGCAGUGGAUGAUUAUGUUGGGUAGACUCGAUAAAGACGAUCCACAACUUGGAGAGAGGGUAGUGACUGAAAUAAACAAGGGUCACAAGUGUUGUCGCAAGCAUAUAGAUCUGAAGUAUAUUUUCAGUUAAUAAGUACAUCAACCUCAAGCCAGAUGCUGCAAUGACAGAAGGGCAGUACAAAAGAAAGGAAGCUGUAGAUAAGGAGGCAUCUGAGAAGGAACAGUAUGCAUUGCAAAUUCAAACAUUGAUUCUACAAGCUGAUAUAGCCACUGAACUCCAAGAGAGUAUUGGUUUCUCCUUGGUGAGGGGAAGCAAGCGUCAUGCACUGCGAGAGCAGCCGCAAGUUAACUAUCACUCAGAACGGUGUCACAAGAAGACCAACCCUAAUACCGAGAUCGCCGCAUUACAAAAGGAAAACAAAGAACUGAAAGUACAACUGAAUACGCAAGUGGCAGCGACACAGAAAGUAAUACAUAGCCUAGCUGAUGCAAAACUGAAGUUAGAAAAAAUAAACCAGAAACUUCAAGAUGCACAGAGAGAAAAAGAACAGACGUCUAUGCUAGAAACGCAAAGACAGAUGAAUGAAUCUUUUGAGCUAUCGCUGCAAAAAGAUGAAAUCGAAAAACUGCAGCAUAAGAACCACGACUUCGCAUGAAUGAUGAAGGAUACUCGCGUAUUCAAGUUGUCGUACAAUUAUAUAUGCCAUGAGGAAGAGCGAACUCGGUUCUUGUCCGCUUUCCAGUCCUUCGGGAAGUUUAGCAUUUUCUUAAGAAGGCUGGAAGAGUGAGGAGGGAGAUAUAAGCCCGGACGUCAGAGUAUGGAUUUUAAGGACGCAGUACUUCUUUGAUUUACUCGUGUGAGACAUGGUUUAGAUGAAGCGAUUGUGAUGCAUCUGUUUGGCUUGUAGUCAAACAGUGUCAAAUAUAAUUAAUGAUGUCAACAAAUUUCUAUACGCAUCCUUCCGACACCCUUCCAAUGAUCCAAUCAAUCUAUUCGCCAAAGAAAUUGUGGAUACACUAAAACUCACCUGCUUUGCGGAAACGUAUCCUGAGGUGUCACUUAUCGUCGAUUGCACGGACUUCUUCAUAAAAACACCGGCCAAACUCGACUUCCAGCGGUCAACCUGGAGACAGUACAAGCACCACAAUACGGACAAAGUCCUUGUGGGUAUGUCGGCAGCGGGUCACGGCGUAUAUGUUUUGCCCCUUUACCCUGGAAGAAUUAGUGACCUGUAUGCAAGAUGUGACCCGGGUUGUCGGCAAUGGGAGACAAGAGUUUCCAUAUCAGAGAUCUGUUACCGCACAACUGCAGAUAUAACAUGCCACCAAUGCUUAAGAAAGACACGCAGUUUUUAAUCGAUGAUAAUGAAAAAACAAAGAAGAUAGCCUCUAGCAAAAUAUACAUUGAACGUGUGAACGCACGUGCCAAAUUGUUUAGAAUGUUGGCUCAAGAAAUUCGUCUCGUAGAUCACUUUUUUACCAAAGCAGCCGAAGUCUGCUUUUCCCUGACAGAUAUCAUCUCUAUCAAUGUACAUUAGUUAGUUUUUUUAUUGAAAUAAAUGCG